ACUAAACGUUCGGAGAGCCGGAGCUGUAACCCGGCCGGCAGGAGGAGGAGACACCCAGUGACAAGCCAGCACUCAGCCCGGCACGUAGCCGCCACCCAGGAGCACCCCCGCCACCGGGAACCGGGGCUACCAGGGACGGCAGCAUCGAACGCCCUCACUGCGGGGAGCCGGAUACAGGAUCCAGUUGCAAUGGCAAGCAUGUUGUCCAAACGUCUUGGGAAGAGGUCCCUUCUUGGGGCGCGUGUAUGUACCCCGAGCCUGUCUCCUGAUGGAAUGUUGGUGGAGGGGCCGUUGGUCGUGCAAGCGGACCUGUCUGGUGGAGCCAAUUUUUGCCCCUAUGAAAGCGGGUGCUACAAGGAGUGUCCAGAGGAGGCUGGCACUUCCAUGACAAAUUUACCUUCAAACCGCUUCAAGCUGUACCCGGGUCAGAGGGUCUGCAUCACCCACAAUGGAAAGGAGUGUGUGGGUUUGGUGGAGCAGCACAAUCACGUCGAUGAUGAAGUGAAGCUGUUUGUGUUGGAGCUCGGUCUCCACCUGUGCAGAAAAAUGGAAGAUGUUCGUCUUGCUGAUAUUCAGAAAUCGGUCCCUUACCCCAUGGAGCACACAAUCCCUGCGAACCUUGGAGCAGCAUCCAGCACAACCCCGCGAUCUGUGUCUCGCAGCAUCGAUGUCCCUAAGAGGAGGUCCGACGCUGUUGAGAUGGAUGAAAUGAUGGCAGCUAUGGUCCUGACGAGCCUGUCCUGCAGUCCCAUCGUCCAGAGUCCUCCGUGCAGUGACACUAUCCCAGCUCCUCGGGUGACGUGUGACUUGUGGAAAGAAAGUGGAGAUGUGUCGGACAGUGGCAGCAGCACAACCAGUGGUCACUGGAGUGCAGGCAGUGGAGUUUCCACUCCGUCUCCUCCUCACACUGAAGCAAGCCCCAAGUAUACAAGUGAGGUUUUCAGUGCAUCCCAUAUGGAUGAGGGGUUUGAGACGGACCCUGACCCCUUCAUUUUGGAUGAACCGGCACCACGGAAGAGAAAGAAUUCCGUUAAAGUCAUGUACAAAUGUCUGUGGCCGAAUUGUGGUAAACUCCUGCGCUCCAUUGUGGGUAUUAAACGCCAUGUGAAGACUCAACAUCUUGGGGAUGGAGCCGAUUCUGAUCAGCGUAAAAGAGAAGAGGACUUCUAUUACACAGAAGUCCAAAUGAAGGAGGAGGUUGAAGCAGAGGUCACCCCGAGAAGCCCAAACACUGCCACUGCCCCACUUCUUAUCCAGCCAGUGCUGCCCAAGCCAGAGACUCCUGCUUUGGAGGUGCCCUCUGUGGAGUCUCCGUUGCCCAGCGCCCUUAGCCAAUCUGCUCCCGGGUCAUUUUGGCACAUCCAGGCUGAUCAUGCUUAUCAGGCCCUGCCUUCCAUCCAGAUUCCGGUUUCACCUCAUAUCUUUACCAGCAUAAGCUGGGCGGCAGCUCCUUCCAGCAUCCCAGCACUCUCUCCGAUUCGAAGUCGGUCACUCAGUUUCAGCGAACAGCAGCCGCAGACGCAAUCGAUAAAGUCUCAUUUGAUUGUGGCGUCCCCUCCGAGAGCUUCAAACGGCAACAGGAAAGUUCGUGGUGAAGCCAAGAAAUGCCGUAAAGUUUACGGCAUUGAACAUCGGGACCAGUGGUGUACCGCAUGUCGGUGGAAAAAAGCGUGUCAGCGUUUCCUAGACUGAGCACUAGCACGCCAAAUAUGCACUGUCCGCUGAUCCGUGGACAAAUAAAGCUUCAGUACCUUGCGGCUUAUUGUAGUGCACCUGAAACUUUGCUGCGAAGACUGGUGACAAAGACUUUUACCAAUGUAAAUUCCAAGACCUGUACAACUUUGUAUGUUUGCCAGAUUUUUUUUUUUUUUUAUUUUAUUUUUUUUUUAUUAUUUUAAUCUUUGCUUUAUGGAAUUGCAGGGACCAAAGUGUUUUGAAGUUGUUUUCAAAUCCCAAGUUGCUACAGUUUCAUCCAGUUUUAAGAACUUUUGAAAACUGAUACCUGUCCUAAUGUAAUAUAGACUCCUUCCCUUUUGAUUCACUUCUAAAUGUCCUUUAUCUGUCUGCUUAAUGUCUUUAAACUGCUACUUUUUUCUUUCAUUUUCGUAAACAUGACUUUUAACUAAUGAUCUUGUAAAUACAGCAAUGUUUCAUUUUGGCCCCAUGCUAGGAGAGGGGCACCUUAUCAGCUUUAUUACACUGACUUUUCCAACACUUCCUUGACCUGGUUUAAGAGGGGUUAGUGUUUGUUGGCAUGGCACUUGGUGCAAUAGCAGAUUUUUUUCGAGGCACAAAUACAAACCCUAUGCAAGACAUGAUGAUGAAGGUGAUGAUCUGUCUGGAAACCAUUCAGAUUCUCCAGUACAUAGAUAUAUAUAUCUCUAUCUAUCUAUCUAUCCAUGUUUGGGGGGAGGGAAAUAAAGGGUACUAUUUUUGGAAGCAGGGGAUGCUGCAACAACAGACACAAAAAUGUUGAGUCCUUUUAGAAAAGGAUGACCUUGCUUAUAAAGCAGACAUAGUGACUGGAGCUUAAUAUGGGAUGUGCGAGUCUACACGCCUUUGGCCCACUAGAGGAAUGUAUGUAACACAAUUUGCAGAUAUACUUUUGAAUUAUGUGGGUGGGGAGAGUUACAUCACUGGUGGAAAUGUCCAAUGUUCUACCCGUCAGUUUAGGGUUGGUGAUCCUAUUACAAAUGUUUAAAAAUCUGGGUUCCGUUACCGGCACCAUUUAGAUCUCUGCAGAAGCAGUAACAUUGCACGGUGCCUACACUCGCGCAACAAAUUCUAUAUUGUGCCACCAUUUUGUUUUUAUACGAAAAUCCCACUUUUUUUUUUUAAAUGUGUGAUAUUAAUUUAAUUUUAAAAAGCUGUAGCACUUAUUAGAUUAGAAAGUAUGAAGGAAGCUUUUAGCACCAUCUUGUUCUCAUGGGCUUUUACAGAAACGUGGCAGAAAACCAAAAAACACCUACCUCCCUGUACGUCCAAUGGAUUGAGUCCAAUGGGAGCAUUCUCAUUUUUGAUAGGUCGAUUAAUAUCUUUUAUUUGUGACUGAGUCAGUUGUCGUAGGUGGUAGGCAAUCCGUCCCACAACCUUGGAGCACUGUAAGGAGCCUUGUGUCCAGCACUUUUUAUAUUGUAAUACCCGCUAGAACUAUGUCAUUUUAAAUGCUCUUCGUAUAGCCACUGUUGUGUAAAACAGUGUUAAAGAAACAAAAGAAAAGAAAUAAACUUUCUAAGGUUUGAAAAACCUUGCACUUGGUAACGGAGAAAUGUAUGAGUUCUCUUUAUACCCCAGUCACUGCCACUUCAGUGUGAACUUAAAGCAUGAAAGCUCGGCGACUCUCAGACAGCUGGUACUUGCUCCUAGCCAGUUUCUCUUACAAUUAUCCGUAGGGUUUUAUCCGGGUUAGUUGAUGCUCUCCGCGCCUCCUUCCUGACCACCAGUACAGACUGGUUUCAAUGUGUCCUACAGCGUGUUCAGCUGUUCAGAUCUGUGCGUAUUUUACAUUAACCCAGUGACACCUAGCCUUUUUUUCUUUCUAUCAAAGAAAAAAGUGAACAAACAAUUAGUGUUGGCCAAUAUAAUCCGUGGCCAAAAUGACUUUCUAUUGUUGUGUAAUAGACCGACUGUGCUGACGUGUGAUUGAUUCUAUGUACUAAGGAAACACGUUGACAAUUAUUUAAUUUUUCUCAAUUGUAAUUUUAGGGGCCCUAGAUUAAUACACAUAGGAUGCAUGAAAUAUUAAUUGAGCCCUUGAAAUGCAGGAUUCCUGAUACAUAUAUAUAUAUAUGUGUAUUUUUUUUUUUUCUUCUCAUUAGGAUUUAAUGUUGCUUAAAAGGAUGUAUCUGUAAAGAGGAUUAACUAUAUAAAAAAAAAACCUUUUGCAGUGGUGGUAUGUGGGACAGUUUGGGGAGUUCUCGACUGUCAAACUUCUUAGUCCUUUGUGACUGUGAGGCAGCUAAGGAUAGAUUAAGACAUUUCCUUCUUUGGCUAUGGGUACAAAUGUAACUUUCUUAAAAAAAAAAAAAUGUAUUCUAAAAAUUUGUUGUGAUGGCUACAGUCUAUCGAAUUUUGAUACAUACAUUGGCUCCUCCUAAAUCAGGUGUUCCGCAGUGCAUGUUCUCGCACUAUUUGUGAUAUAUAUGGAGUUAUUUUAGCCCUGGUUUGGAGUCUGUGACAGGGUAAGCCUGGAGUAUUCUUGAAUAAGAAUUAAAACUACCUGUUAAGCUGCAAAGCACAGUGUAGUGGUCGCUAAUCUUGGCACUGCAGAUGUUUGUGAAAUACAUUUCCCAGAAUUCUUAGCCAGCGUAAAUUCUAAUCAAAUU